AUGCCUAUCCUACCUACUACCUCUUCUCAAUUCCCAUCCACCUCCUCCACCGUGGGAUUCCUUCAACCCACCUCCAACAUGUCUCCGUCUUUAUCUCCUGGGCCCGAUGACCCCCUCCUACAACUAGUAAAGGAAGUGAAGCAGGAGCCAUCUACCACCAAUCAGAGAUUCCAAAAGUUCUUAGAAGAGCGGCAACAAGCACUGCAACAAGAUAAAACCCGGCAUCAAUAUAUCGCGUUCACAUCUAUCCCCCCAGCGCAAUCAUCCCUCGACUUGCUAAUCGCUCUUGACCUGCGUGCAAUGAACAUUCACCGUGAGAUGAGACCCUUCGGCUCAACAACAACUACAGAUCCAGCCUUGACCAACGCCAGGCUGCGUGUUGUGGUGGAAGUGGGGUUGUCCGAGUCGGCCGGACAACUUGCUGUCGAUGCGCCGAUUACAAUCAGUAUCAAGCGCGAAGCUCCUGAGAUCAUCAUACAGACAUGGGAGCUUGUUCCCCGCGGAGAGGGUGCCGUUACAAGGUCGCCCCCUCUUUCCGCACGUCAGACCUACCAGGGCAGCACUACCACAACUACCACAAAUCUCACUCUACCCUUUAGCAAGGUUGUGGGCCGUCCCCAUCGUCAGCCGCUCGAGAGAGACUUAGUGAUUCCCGGGCAAGAGCUGAGACGUUUCGCUGAGGAUAUAUGGAGUGAGCAAAAUAUCCUGUGA